AUGCGUCGAGUCGCUAGAAACAGCUCGCUUAGUCAUACGCAAACUUCUUUGUACAAUCAACAAACUGAGCGCUGGAUACAAACAACCCCACCAAGAAUCCCCCCUCAGCAGUCAGCACGUACCACCGCCUUUUCUUUCUACCGCUUGGACAGGAUCCCCUUGGCUGGAACAUUCGACGAUCAGCCAAAUAAAUAA